UUCGCCUUUCUGGAUUUUAUCUUUAUGUUUCCAACAUGACCGUUUUGGACAGUCUUCGAAGUACAUGGCAUCUAUGUUUUCAUGACGACACAAAGGAUCCAGAACUUCCAUCAUUCAACCAAUCUCGUUGUUGUCCUGUUGACGGACGAUAUGUCAUAUUCUACAACAUGUGUCCCGCUGAUAAUGGGCCUAAGUCUUAUCGAUACUACUCGACAACAAACGCUGUGUUGGAAUUAUGUGAGGUGCAGGUUUUUGGAUGUCCGGUAAAUCGUUUUGGAUCUACCUGUUCGGGAAUAUGUCACUGUGGUGUGGGUGGAUGUGAUCCUGAUACCGGACUAUGUGACGUCACUGGAUGUCAGAGUGGAUGGAUGGGACCACACUGCUCUGAAGAAUGUGGAAGUGGCAAAUUUGGCAUGAACUGUAACCACACGUGUCAUUGUUCACAACCCGGAUGUGAUAGAGAAAAUGGU